AUGGAAACAAAUAUCGUAAAAUCGCGCAAACGGAGCCAAGUUAAAGGCAAGACUGUUGCGCCGCGUAAGAAGGAUCGCGUGUCUGGCGGUUACCGCGGCAAGAAAAAGGCCACAGCGGCAGCCUUGACUAACGACAGCGACGUGGAGGAUAAUGACGAUGAGAUGGAAUAUGGUAUGGAAGAUCCAGACGACUUGGAAGGCGGCGAUUCUGGAUCAGACGAGGGAUCGGACAGUGGUUCCGAUGGUGCUUUGGGCGAUGACUCUGAGUCUUCCGAUGUCUCUGACUACGAUAUGGACGACGUGAGCGACGAGGAUUCGGACAGUGAUGCGGAGUCAGAAAAUAUAGACUUUUCCGACGCGGAAGACUCCGAUUCCGAAUUGGGUGACGACCUGGAGGAGGGAUGCCGCGCCGUCUCAAUUGAGAUGGCGGAGCAGUUAGUGAAGCAGGCCCAAAAGCAUAAUGACGGCGCGGUACGCCGCCUUAUAGUGGUUUACGGGUCUUUUGUACGUCGUUCUGCUCAUCAAGGGUUAUCAUCAGCCGAAUCGGGUAAUGAGACUGGCGGCAAGGCGAAAGGGGACAACAAGGGCAAAGGACGCCGCCAAGCACGUCGUGGCAUGAUGGCUAGCCGUGGCUUAUCUUCCAUGUUAACGGACGUUCCAAAUCGCUAUGCACCAUCCAAUUCCGAGGUUUACAACUAUGUGGUACUUGAAGUAUGUUCGAUUAUGGAUAAAUAUGUACGUGCGACCGAGCUCUCGUUCACCAACGAGAGGAUCGUUGAUGUGAUUCGAUUGUUCCGCAGAUUCUUAUCUUCCGCAUUGCUGCAGCUGGCAUACAGGUUCGAAGACGUUGACCUUUGCCGCUGCGCGUUAAAUGUGAUAGGCAGUGAGGCGGUGAUGCCCUGGGUGGUGACCCUCAAGAGUCUGCAUAAGGAGGUAGUAAAGCUAGCGUGUUCGCUGCUGACACACCAUAAAGAACAAAAGGUUCGCAUACACGCCUUCCAAGUGCUUCGACGGUACUUAUCUUGCGUAUUGGAGAGCAAUUACCACCGCAUCCAGAUUUCGCAGUCGCCGGUGACGGGGUUAAAGGUCGAGCGGUUGUCGUCACAGCAGGCUCGUGCGUUUUGCAACAGCAGCAUAAACUUUUUGCUGAACCGCAGUUACAGAACGCAGAUUUCAGCGUCAAGCAUAGAAAGGACACUUAAGAAUUUCGGUCUUUUCAAGCUGAGCCAAAACUGUUUGGCCGAGCUGUACAGUGGCGCCCCAGCUGCCAACUUGUACACGUUUGCUUUCAAGGGCAUAAGAGACCUGGGAGUAAACGUUCGCCGCGAAUGGAUGGCUGCGAAUGAUCGUAAGAAGCGUGAACGCGCCCCGGCGAAGGACUCGAGCAGCCACAGUAUUGUGCUACCUGUAUACACCUGGGGAUUCGUAGAGGCGGUUAAUGUCUGGGUUACCGUAUUGGUUAGGUGCCGUGAUCGCCUCGAGGCUCUGGUGUACCCCCUGGUUACCGUGAUCACUGGCGCCGUUAAAGUGAAGCUGCCACAGAUCGGCUACAUGCCAUUCAUCUUGCAUAUGUUAACGGCGCAAAACCAACUGGCGGACGGGUUGGAGCGUUUCGUGCCGAUUGUUUCAUGCAUAUUCCACCUGCUAGAACAACUGCGCACGAAGGACAUCAACAAGCUUCGUCGGCACGAGGCAGUAGAAUCACGCAAGUUGCUGGACAACGUUGAUGACAUCAUGGUCCGGUUGCGGCUCACGAAGAAGCAGCUGCACGCCAGCGAGACUUAUCGCAUGCUGUACAGACACGUGUCGCUCCUGUUAACAGACCACGUGGGACUAGUAUCUCUGCACCCGAGUUUCCCCGAGUUCAUUGUUCCGGUCACGGCCUUCUUGCACCGGUAUAUGAAAAACAGCAGGAUCGAGCCAAGUUUCCGCAGUUUCGCCAGCAAGCUACUGUCGCUGAUGGAGGAGUCUGCCUCCCUGAUACGCGAGAAACGGGCAAAGCUGGACCUCGAGACACGGGCGACCCCACGUUUGAAACUGCUGGAGGCAGACGCAAAGCAAAUACCUGUGUACCGCUUCCGCACGUCGCAGCUGUUGAUGUAUCAGCAUCUUAGCCGGGCAAAGGUUGAAGGCACGCUGUCUGCAGCCCAGCUAUAG